AUGGCGCCUUCUGCUGCCGCCUCUCCAGCUAAGCGGAGGAAGCUCGCAUCGGCAAGUCCUACCAAGAACGGCAGCACAAAUGGCAUAGCCCAACCUUCUCUCCUCUCCUUCUUUGGCAAUGGCGCGCCCGUUUCAACAUCCUCUUUAUCGCCAGACACGUCCCGUCGUGCAUCUUCAGAUCAGAACGACAAGCCAGAUGACAAGACCGAGCGCACCGCCGACUGCCCCAUCUGCGCAAAGAAGGUCCCCUUCCACACGGUCCAGGCCCACGUCAAUUCGUGCCUCGACGCUGCCGAUGCUACUGCGCAAGAGCCCGAGGUGCUCAGAGAUCAUGUCAACGAGCCACACAUCUCCGCAUCGCGGGAAUCUGCCGUUUUACCGCAACUAUGCUCGCCCGCACGCGACACUUUCACACCGGCAGACAGCACGAUCCAACCGCCACAGUCCACAAGAAUGACAUCAAUAUCGCAGCUCGCAUCGACGCUGGAUGCGAAAGUAGCUCCAACGAACGGAGCGACUUCAUUGCCAGGUCCCUCGGCACAAACCAGCAAUGCUACGGACACCUCAAACACACCAUCCUCACUUUUGGGCUCGGUCAAGCGCGCAGCCUCGUCGGCAUUCACCGUCCUCAUGAAGUCGCAUUCCGAGUCCAAGCAGUGGGCCACCGCAGAUGCCGUCGAGGCUGCCAACUACCGCGGCAAGGCACGCACCCGCCCCGACGCCCGCACCGCACCCUUCUACAAAGCGCUCGAAGGCAUGCCACUCACCGUCGACGCCUUCCGUUUCGGCAAGAUCGAAGGCUGCCGAGGCUACUUCCUCACCCAUUUCCAUAGCGACCAUUACGGUGGCAUGACGUCCAACUGGAAUCACGGACUCAUCUACUGCAGCGUCACCACCGCCAAUCUUUGCCGCGCGCAUCUUGGCGUCGAUCCACAAUGGCUGCGCCCUUUGCCCAUGGAGGUUGCUGUCCCUAUCCCAGACAGCGGCGGCGUCCAGGUUACAUGCAUCGAAGCAAAUCACUGUCCGGGCUCAUGUCUCUUUCUCUUCGAAGGCCCGCAAACCGCACAGCUCCUCUCGCGCAGCCAUGCCAGUCCCCACAUAGGUACCCGCAGGAUCUUCCGAUACUUGCACUGCGGCGACUUUCGCGCCAGUCCCGUGCACACAAGUCAUCCUUCCAUCGCCGGCAAAAAGCUCGACAUCAUCUACCUCGACACCACCUACUGCAACCCGCGAUACUGCUUUCCGGCUCAGGACCAGGUGAUCGAAGCUUGCGCCGAGCUUGUGCGUCGCUUGGUGCCUGAAGAGCAGCUCGCGGUCAGCAUUGCCGAGCGCGAAAAGGAGCGCGAUGCAGGGCACACAGAAGAUUGGACACAAGCGCCGUCGCGCAAGAAGAACAUCGUGGACCAGAACAGCGCAUCCGCCACUGCGUUCAAAGGGUGGUUCAACACCAAGGUCGAAAAUCCAGACGGUACGCUGACUCCCUUACCUCUCGACACGGCUGGCGUCAAGCAAGAAGAUGCUGAUGACGCGGGGAAAGUCAAGAGCGAGGAGGCUCAAGAUGACGCGCUUGACUAUGAUGAAGAGGAUCUAUUCCUCGGCGAGGACGAUGCAGAGGAUGUGGGCGAGGAAGAGCCAGUCAACGAGAGCCCCACUCCUACUUCAGAAUCGCCGCAGCGGUCCGCCGUCAAGCUCGAGCCUUCCGAAGAUGCUCUGCUCGACUUUGCUCCCGAGUCCAAGUCACGACUUGGUGCGACUGCGGACGCAGAAAAUCCAUCAGAGCCGGCUGCCAAACUGCACGACGUCAAGGAAGAGGAUGUCAAGGGCGAGCCUGACGAUCCGGACGCGGCGGACGGCACUACAACCAACGCCGCCAACUGGUUGAGCAAGCACUCGGAAGCGAGUCGCGAUGCCAGCACGUUCCGACGCCGCGAGGCGGGUCGGCUGCUGGUUGUGAUCGGAACCUAUACGAUUGGCAAGGAGCGCAUCGUCAAAGCGGUCGCGCGGGCGAUGCACUCCAAGAUCUUCUGCAUGGACUCGCGCAAAUACCGCGUGUACGCACAGCUCGAAGAUCCCGAACUGCACUCGAUGCUCACACGCGAUCCCGGUGCUGCGGUGCACGUCACCAAUCUGCACGCGAUCAAUGGCGAGGGGUUGCGCGAUGUUGUGGCAGCGCUGCGUACGCGCGGGCACAACUUUACGCAUGCCGUGGCAUUCCGACCGACAGGCUGGACGUACCGACCGCCUGCAGGCAUGGACACGGUUUCGCCGAGUCUCGAGAGGCUGGUGCAGUGGAAUCAGUCGCGCUCGUUUGGACCGCAGAAUCUGUAUCCGACGCGAGACAGUACGCCGGACUACAUGAUCUACGGCGUACCCUACUCGGAGCACUCGAGCUUCUUUGAGCUCACCGCGUUUGCGCUCGGCACGCGGUACGACAGGAUCAUUGCCACCGUCAAUGUGGGCAGCCCCGCGAGCAGGGCAAAGAUGGCAAAGUGGUUCGAAAAGUGGAUGCUCGAAAAGAGGCGUAGGGCCAAGCAUGGUCUCGGCGCCUUAGACCCGCGUGCUGUCACGUACUGGUAG